AGGCGAGGAACUGCAGCAGAGUUUAGGCUUGAGGUAAUAAUUAGUAAGAUUUGUUUCUGCAGACUUCUGCCCCCUGAAUCCCCAGCUCUGUGAUAAGGAUGCAGGGAGGGUACCUUUCACAUGGGAGAUUCAUUUCAUGCCUUCAGUGGGAAAACACACAGGAGGGUCAGAAUGCUCUUUUUGCUUCUUAAGUAACUCUAAUUCAAAAGAGUCAAUAUGCUAUUGUGGGAUAUUUUGGGGUCGUCUAGCCCUGGGCUCCAACGCCAGUCACAUUCUCACUAUCACCUUUGCAAAAGGUGGAGAUUCGUAAACGUCCUGAUUCUACGCUUCCAUCUCAGACUAUUCGAUCAGAGUCUCCAGGCCCGUGGCCCUGGAAACAAUACAUCUAUUUAGAAGGCUUCCCACUGAUUCUUCUGCAGCCAACGCGACUCCAGCUAACGAAACUUGCCAGCUCAGGACUCAUUGAGUUACAUGAACGAGGCCACGCCUUCAGGGUACAUAGUAGGAACAUAGCCCUGUCCAAAGUACUUGGGUUGGUGGGCUUCCGAAGGGAGAGAUUAAUCCCACGCUCGUCCCCCGCGCAGAAGGCAGGAACCCUGUAAGACGCCUGAAGUGGGUCGAGCUAGUCAUGGAAGGCUUCCUGGAGGAGCCCGAUUUUGACUAAAGCUUUCUCAGGCCUGUAUCAGGACGGAAAGGGUGAGGAUGAAUGAGAAAGACAACACAGUGUGACGUCCGGGUGAGAAGCGACGCACACCGGACCUCUGCCCCGGACGCUGGCUUUCAGCAGUCCCGGCGAAAGCGCGACUCCGCGAAAGCCACGCCCCCCGCGCCCGGCUCCAGCCCGAAGGACCAGCUCGUUGCCUGCCCGCCACUGCAGCUCGGGUUUCCGCUGUAUGCAGCAGUUCUGUGGCAACAAGCUAAUGAAAACAGACAAAAUUCAACUGGAAAAGCAUGUUUUGGAACCACCCUACCAGAAGAAAAACUUAAUGACUUUCGUGAUGAACAAAUUGGACAGUUGCAGGAGCUGAUGCAGGAAGCCACUAAACCCAAUAGGCAAUUUAGUAUUACGGAGUCUCGGAAACCGAAACUUUAGUCUAUCCAGAAAAGCUUAACAAAGCGUUUCAAGUUCAGAACUGCUUAAUUUAACAUAUCCUUGUUUUUAAAAAUGUAUUUCUUCAGCUUUUAGGCUUUGAGAAUGCCUGGUGUUAAUGACGUAUUCUUUUAUUUGGAGAUGUCAUGAAUGCUAUCUGCAAUAUAUAGAUCAGGAUCACUAGUGGAUGAAGCUUUACAUUAUUGAAGUAACGGUACUUGAUGGAAUUUGAUUUUUGGACUAAAGAAAGAAUGGCUAUGAAAUGGACAAAACUGUGGAAUUUUGCCAAACAUUUUUUAUAUAUAAAUUUGUUUUUAAUGCUAUUCUUGUUCAAGCAUCAGCCUCAUCUCUUUAGCUUCAUCAGAUAAAUAUAUCAUGAUAAUGAUAGAUGUGGAAUUCCAACAAGGUUAUUAUUUAAAGACAUUGUCAUCCUGAAAGUUUUAUUUCUACUUUAAUAGUACAUAUAUGACUAUUCUCUUAAAUGCCCGUUAUCCCCUAGUCAUUGUUUAUUUACAAUAAAGGGUUAAAAAGAAGCUUUAAGAUUUAGUAGUAUACUAUCAUUUAUAUAAUAUACAUUGUAUAAUUCAUUUCUACAGUAUUUGUUAGUAAGACAGAUUACCCUUAAAUAAUUUGUAGUUACCUUGAGAAUCUCAUUGCCUAAUGAUUGAGGAGAUAAAAUGACCUUCAUAAAUUUUUUGUACACUUAAGUUGAUUUAUAAACUGAAAAAAGCAAAUGAUAAUCCCAUUCACAUCCUAAAAUGUGUAUGAAUUUUAAAAAUUAUUAUACACUAAAAUGACUUGUAUCUUUAUGUAUGUUUACUCUGAGAUUCUGAAGUGAUCCUUUCUCAGAUGCAAUUGUGUUUAUGUCAGCUCUUUAAAAAUUGAUUUGUGUUUGCUCUGGUUUGCUGUCUUGUGCUUUCUCUUUGUGUAUGGCUGCCAGGCCCCUCAGUCCUUUCUUCCAUUCCUCUUUGAGUCAGUCUGUAGGUUGAUCAGUUAGUCUUUUCUCAUUGAGAGAGAGGCAGUCAGUCAAUCAAUAAUCUAGUCUCUACACUAUAACAGGUUCUAGGAAUACAGCAAUGAAUAAGAUAAAGCUCUUGCCCUCAAGAAGUUUAAAAUCUGACUGUGCAUUCAGGAACCUUGUUUCAUCAUGACCAAAUACAGUGCAUCCUCAAACUCGUUACGGUACUAUCUUUUUCAUCAUCUUGGCAAAUAGAAAUCUAACACCCAUGAGGAUACUGCUUCUCUGCAUCUUGUGAAGUGGGAGUUGUGGAUCCAUUUACAACUUGCUAUAACGUAAAACCCCCUCCUUACUGUCCCUUUCAAUUCAUCAUUGUGCCACCGUAACUUAAGAAUUCUUUUUCAUUUAUACUUUGUUUUUUGUUAUACUUCCCUAUUCCUUUUUGUUCUUUGGCACUGGCUCAUACCUCUCCAUCUCAAUUUUUGCCAUCAUGUUGGUGACCUUAGUAUUAAUCCAUGUGGUUGACAUAUCUAGUAGCCUAAUGGCUCUUUGACGGUUCAUGAUUCACUUUCACUUAUUCAGUCACCCAUAAUCAUGGUUACACUUAAACUCACUUUGUUCAGAACUGCUGCAUAUGAAAUUAUGUAUUACAACAUUUCAUGCUUUUGUCACUAUCUCUUACCAUAAUGUGAGCGGUUUCUUACUCCCACUGCACCUAGUAUUUGUUCAACAAAUGCCUGUUGAGAACUUUCAUAUGCCAGGCAUCAUUCUAGAGACUGGGGAUACAGCAGUUAUCAAAGACAAAAUGUGCAGCCUUUUGGCACUCGCAUUCUAAAGGAUGGAAAUAAAAUAUGUAAAUAAAAUAUGUAGGGUGAUAAGUACUAUGGAGAAAAAUAAAGCUAGGUUAGGGGAUAGAGCUGUGGUUCCCCAAUUGUGAACUGAGAUGCCCCAGGGCACCAAAGAGAACUCACAGGGGUGCUGGAGGAUAUUUUAAGUUUUUCAGGAAAUCACAGCCAUAUUUAUUGGACACCACACAAAUUACUAGCUUGAGGUAUUUCACAGUUUUACUAUUAUAUUGCAACAUUCUUUUGGAUUACAUAUCUUUGUGAAGCUGGGCUUUUAGCAAUUGCUGUGAUAAAAGCAAGUAUAACAGAAAAAUUAGUAAGAGAAAAUGUCCAAUGUGGUUACAAAGUUUGAGAAGCUGUGUGGUGUCCAACAGGUGCUCAGUUGUUAGGACAAAUACUAAGUUGUUUGGACUAUGUAAUAAAUGAAACCAUAUGGGUUUUUGGGUUUGUUUUUGCUGUAGGUGUGCUGUGCAAAUACUGAGACAGUAAGGGUAUGUUUGGAAAUUCCUGAAGUAGUGUCAAGGAAUGAAUGGUCUUUAACUGUGAACUCACUAGUCUUUUGACCACUCCAUUUGAUCAAUGUCAUUUCUUUACUGCCUUCACUUCCAUCCCAAUCUGCCCUAGUUUCUGUGAUCCUUCGCUUCAGCCAGCCAUUAGCAAUGCCCUCAAUGUCAUCAUCUCCUUUUCUUUUUCCCUCAUCAUCUGCUCUCACCAAGGUGACCACUCACUCGCUGAAAUCAAUAGGAUAUUAAUCAGUGUAAGAUUGAUAAGUUAUCCUGUGAGGCUUGAUAGUAUUAACUAUUCUCUACUACUUUCAAACCACUCCUGCUUGGUUUGUAUACUGCCUAACUCUCCUUUAAGUUAUAAAUUUUCUUUUUUUUCUUUUUAAAUAAAGAUGUUGUCUGGGAUUUCAUCUUUAGGACUCUUAGUUUACACAUCCAUUGCUUCAGAUAUUAGCUUUACUCUUAAAUCUGUAACACCAACCUCAGUCUCAUUUCUGAACUUCAGGUCUGUGUUUGAAAUUCUGUUUGGCAUUUCCAACUCAUUUAAAAUCAGAUUUACUAUCAUUCAUUCACUGAGCAGGGAAGGAAAGUAACAUAUACCCAGUUCACCAGUUUAGGGUUCUUCAAUUCAGCCUGAAUUUCACCAUUUCUCUAGAGGGCUCCUUCUCAUUUAACAGCAAUUCUGACAACUCCAUGUAGUGGACUGCAAAAUGACCAUAGUUCUCUACUGCUCCUGGUACCCAUGCCCUUUGCAAUGUGACUUUGCAGCUCCUUCCAUCACAUCUAUUUUUCAGCUCUUCAAACCUGAACUGGCCUUGUUCCUUGAUUUGCUCAAAAGAAUAUGGGUAUGACAUUAUGCAAAUUUAGGGUGUAGGCCUCAGAGUCUUAUACACUUCCUCCCGCACUGUUGGAAACCUGCCCAGCUGUCAUGUGAACAAGCUCAGGCUGACCUAUCAGAGGAUGAGAGAUCAUAUGGAGCAGAGGUGAGCUACCCUAGCUGAAGCCAUCCUAGACCAACCAGCUCUCAGCCAACCACAGAUAUGUGAAUGAGCCCUCCCAAGAUCAGAAGAACUGCCCAGCUGAUCCCAGCCCGAAUUGCCAAUGAUAAGCCGAAUAAAUUGUAGUUCUUUUAAA